UGUUUGAAAACGAAGCUUUCUUACUCUCCUGGCCUACCAGGACCCCCCCCCCCCGUUUUUUUAAAGGGGGGCACCGGCUAUGCCUCCUGGCUGGAGGAAUUGGGGAGGCUGAAACGCUUCCUAGGGGCUCUGGGGGAGGGAGGGGGGCUCCAGUGUCGGCGUGGUUGUUCACAGAUCUGUUGGUGUGAGCCCCCAACCUUUCUGCGGCCUGGAAGAUCGACAUUUCCCUGACACUGUCCAGGAAGUCAAGGACAUGUCACCCUGCACCCGGAGGGGAGUGCUUAGAGGAAUGGCUCCAGUUAGGAUGAUGGUUGACUGGGCCAUGUGAUGAACGCUGUGUCUCGGAAUGGCUGCGACGCCCAGAUGGAUGCUCAGAGAGUGCAUGACCAGCUAGGGACUUCAGGCAAGUGGCACAGGAGCAGAAGUCGUGGCCUGCCUCUUGCGAAGCAAACUAGAUUCCAUUCAGACUGGAUAUGCAGGAUUCACUGUCUUAAGCAUUUGAUUAAAAAACUUGAUUUGCUUUAAUCCGGGGAGCCCUUUUGGCUACCAUUAGUCUGGCUUAUUUCAAAGCCAUCCACAGGAAGCUUAGAGUACAAUACAAAUUGGGUCUCUCCUAUCCCCCACCCCACCAUCACCACCAUGUCGACGUCUUCGCUGCGCCGCCAGAUGAAGAAUAUUGUACAUAAUUACUCUGAAGCCGAAAUCAAGGUUCGUGAGGCUACAUCAAAUGACCCUUGGGGCCCAUCUAGUUCUCUCAUGUCUGAAAUUGCCGAUCUCACCUACAAUGUGGUAGCCUUCUCAGAAAUCAUGAGCAUGAUCUGGAAGCGUCUCAACGAUCAUGGGAAAAAUUGGCGUCAUGUCUACAAGGCUAUGACACUUAUGGAAUACCUAAUCAAGACAGGUUCAGAGAGGGUUGCACAGCAGUGUAAGGAGAACAUAUAUGCCAUCCAGACACUAAAGGAUUUUCAGUACGUUGACCGGGAUGGCAAAGAUCAAGGGGUCAACGUGCGGGAGAAGGCCAAGCAGCUGGUGGCCCUCCUUAAAGACGAUGAGCGUCUCAAAGAAGAGCGGGCCCAUGCCCUCAAAACUAAGGAGAAGCUGGCCCAGACUGCAACCGCUUCUUCUGCUUCAUCAUCUUUGGCAAAUGCCCCAGUAGAAGCAGAGCAAGCGUGGCCCCAGAGCAGCGGGGAAGAAGAGCUGCAGCUGCAGCUGGCACUGGCCAUGAGUAAAGAGGAAGCGGAGCAGGUAAGCGCCAAGCCCCCUGCAGUGGCCGACGAAGACCUACAGCUCCAGCUAGCCCUUAGCUUGAGCAAAGAGGAGCACGACAAGGAAGAGCGGAUCCGACGCGGGGAUGACCUUCGCCUCCAGAUGGCCAUUGAAGAGAGCAAAAAGGAGACAGUCCCCGCUAAGGAGGAGUCAUCCUUGAUGGACCUUGCUGAUGUCUUCACUGCUCCACCACCUGCUGAUCCAUGGGGCGCUCACGCUCCUCCUGCUGACCCUUGGGGUGGCGCUGCCACAGUUGCACCCACAGCUCGUACGGACCCGUGGGGACCCCCUGCUGCUGCAGCAGCCCCUGCAGGAGAUCCAUGGGGAACUUCUGCAGCGCCUCCGGUACCCCCUUCGGACCCCUGGGGAGCCCCCCCAGCUGCCACUGCUGACCCCUGGAAGGCCGAAGGUGGGACUUCUGUGGGGCCUGCAACAGCACCGCCCACAGACCCGUGGUCCUCCAGCACGGUCCCCACAUCCCAAGGACAGCCUCCUCCUCCUGCUCCUCCUCCUCCUGAUCCUUGGACUCCAGCGUCCACUUUUUCAGAUCCCUGGGGGGGCUCCCCUUCUAAGCCUAGCACCAAUGGCAUGGCAGCUGUCAGAGGCUUUGAGCAGUUUGAUGACAGGGACAGGGAUGAAUUCUCUGAUUUUGACAGCCUGCGCCCAGCACUGCCCAAAUCUGGAAGCAGCACAGGCGAACUGUCCCUCUUAGCAGGGGAGGUCCCUGUUUCUCAGGCUGGCAGUGGCAAAGACAGCCCCAAUGCUUUUGAUAUGGCUGCCGUGGCUGGGUCACUGCCAGAGACCUGCAAGCCAAUGCGUAAAACCCCCGAGUCAUUCCUGGGUCCCAACGCAGCCCUUGUUGAUCUGGACUCGCUGGUCAGCAAACCUGCUGCUCCAUCCAGCAGCACCAAGGCUUCGAACCCCUUCCUCCCACCUGGUUCAGCUCCCGCCCCAUCUGCCUCGGCCACCAAUCCAUUCCAGGCAGCGGCAGCCACCCCGCUGUCACUCAAUCAGCUCCGUGUCAGUCCGGCCACAGCCAACUCAACCGAGGAAUCUACUGAAAACAGUGGGGCUCGGUGCCCAGCAGAGUUGAGAAGCUCUUCCUGCCUCUGGCCCAGCGGCCUUCCCGACAUGGCCUGCGUGGCAGCGGCCUUCCGUGUCUUUGUGGGUUGGACAUCCUGUGGCCCACCAGGAAAGCGCCGUUUCUCAGACGCACAGCCAGACAAGAGACCUGUUCUUCAACCAGCACAACUCCGAAAGAGCCUCGAAAUGUUCUUCGGAUCAGUGGGGGGAACAGAGAGAGGGAGGGGGGAUGUUGGGUGGUCACUUUUACCCCUUCUAUAGCAGCAGCAGCAGCAGCAGAAGCUUGUGGGGGGAGGGAGUCAUGGCUGUGUGUGUUUGUGUGUGUGUGUGU